AUGGCCGAUUCUCCCGUCACACUGCGGACUCGCAAGUUCAUCCGCAACCCUCUGCUGGCUCGCAAGCAGAUGGUCGUGGAUGUCCUCCACCCCAACCGUCCCAACGUCUCCAAGGACGAGCUCCGCGAGAAGCUGGCCGACCUGUACAAGUCCAACAAGGACCAGGUCUCCGUCUUCGGUUUCCGCACCCAGUACGGUGGUGGUAAGAGCACCGGCUUCGCCCUGGUCUACGACUCCCAGGAGGCCCUGAAGAAGUUCGAGCCCGCCUACCGUCUGGUCCGCAUUGGUGCCGCCACCAAGGUCGAGAAGGCUUCCCGCCAGCAGCGCAAGCAACGGAAGAACCGCUCCAAGAAGUUCCGCGGUACCGCCAAGACCAAGGGCCCCAAGAAGAGCAAGGACUAA